GUGAACAAGCAAAGUCAAGUUCCAAGUUUUGCCAAGAGAUUCAUAAUACCAGUGCAAUGCCCUCUGAUCAGACUGCACAACAAAGCCAUAAAAUCUGUGAAGAGAGGGAAUCUUUUUUGCAACAGGAGAUUUCAAAAUUAGAGCAACAAAUUGCAGAGAUCUCAGAUCAGCAUCGUGUAGAAUAUACCAAGCUCCAGCAAGAACUGCAAACAUUCCAGCAACACCAGAUGUCAGAUGAGAUACAGAGAGUCAAUAUUGAGCAGCAACUUAAGGCAGACUACGAAAAGAAGCUCAAGGGAAAGAUCCAGCAGCUAGAGGAACAGAUAAAGAGAGCUGAAGAUCAUAACCUGGAAAUGGCAAGAAACAUGAAUUUUGAAAAACAACAGAGAGAAAAAUCUGAUAAAAAGUUACAAGAACUUCACCAAGCUAUGGACAUAAAGGAGCAAACACUGUUUGAAGAAGUGUUACACUGGAUAGAAGAACACAAUAACAGAACUAGGUCACUACAAGAGAUAUUUAAAGAAAACCUUGAAGGUGCAAACAGCCAUGAGAAGGUGAAGUUUGAGACAUUAUGUCAGCUGUGUGAUACUCUUAUGGAGGACUUGCAGGUCCAGAGGUUUGUGUGCUCCAUUUGUAAAAUCAAGAAAAAGGACUGUGCAUUCCAGCCUUGUGGACAUUACCAGGCCUGUGCAGCUUGUGCUGACCACAUACUGACCACUACUAGGGUGUGUCCAGUGUGUAAUAGACAUUUGACCAAUGUUAUGAAGAUUUAUGAAUGAAUCGUCAUCCAGCAUGUCUGUGGGUUUACAGCAAUAAUGAUAUAAGAUUAACAUAUUGUGAUUUUCCUAAAUGUGAUAUUAUUUUUACAAUUUCUAUUUUUGUGUGUAUCUGAAAUGGAUUGGUUUGUAAGCUGGCUGCAAAUUUAUUUUUAUAUAUGUAUUUAAAAUGGAAUGGUUUGUAAGCUGGCUCGUAGGUUAAUUUUAGGUUAUAUAUGUGUACAUGUACUACACGAAGGUACAACUUGGGAAAUGCUCUGUCAGUAAAGAAACAGUACUGUGUGCUGUUAAGUUUUAAACAUUGGUUGAAGUGCAGGUUGAUAUGUAGAUUUUAGCUUUCAUUCAAAACUGGUCGUGUCUAAAAGAAAUUAUUCUUGUAUUUGUUAUUCAUGACUUAACAAGUAUUUUAAUGCCUAGAUCAGACAUUAGCCUAGGUUAAAAAAAAAACCCUCUGAAUGUUUAUCAUGGGACCCACCCCCCAGAUUUUAUUGCAGAUCUUGACAAAUCUCAGGAACCAUCAUAAUUGAAUUAAAAAAUGUGGAAUUCCGCGUUUCUGUGGAAAGAGCUUUGGUUUGCUAGAUUUCAUCAGAAAUAACAUUUUAUCUGUCAACACAAAAGUUGCAUUGCAUUGAAAAGAAGGGAAGAGCUUUUUCAUUUAGUUAAAGAUGAAUUUUGAUCUCAUCUGAUUAUUAUAUAUUAUAGGCCUUGUUCUUAAUACAGACAGCAUGUCUGUACAGGUACAGACACAGAUAGCAUCUGUAUAUAAAAAGUGGAUUAUUUGACAAAAAAGAAAGACACUGUUUUGCCAAGGUAGAAAUUGAGUUACAGAAGCCAUUUACAUAUCUAUCAGACCUAAAACAAACUUUCACCAUAUACACCAAGGUUUUCAGACAAAACUUUGUACUCAUUAUAUUAUGAAGUGUUAUGCAGUCAUCUCUGCCACAAUGGGCCUCUCACAAUUAAUUGCCUUUCUGCUCAUCUACUGACUAAAUAAAAGCAGGACAGUAAAACAGCAA